AUGUCCCUCAAUGAUUACCCAGCCUCCUUGAAGCCGCUCGUUCCCUAUAUUCAAAGAGCCAAUGAAUUUGAAAAGAGAGCUCCUAUUGUGAGUUUUUAUUGUAGAACCUAUGCUGCACAAUUGGGAAUUUCAAUUAUUCAAUCGCAAGAUCAGGCCGAUGAUGAAGCUACUAAUUUACUUACUGGAUUGAUGGAUCAAUUGGAACAAGAUAAGGAACAAUUGAAUAUUGAAGCACAAGAAGAUGAAGCCAAGGGUGUUGUUGAAGUUUUUGCUUUGAAGGUUUUUAAAAAGGCUGAUGAUGCCGAUCGUGCAGGAAGACACGAUACUCAAAUUGCUAAAUUAUAUUAUGCUGCCUCUAUUUUGAUUGAAGUUACCAAACAAUUUGGUGAUUUAAGUUCGGAUAUGAUGGAAAAACAAAAGUAUGCCAAGUGGAGAGCUGCUGAAAUUCAAAAAUCAGUUAGAACAGGUCAACCUGUUACUCCAGUUACAAGUGAAGAAACAGCUGAAGAGGAAGAUGAUCAAUUGCAAUACAUGCCAACUCAAACAGCAAAUACUAUUAACAAUGAUGCUUCCAAUGACGAAGAUGAAGUUACUAAAUAUUUGAUGGAACAACAACGAUUACUCAAUUUGUCAACUUCACAACAAACAUCUUCAGUUAAUAUCAACAAUAAUAUUCCACAACCUUCAUCAUGGAGUUUUGACACUAAUCAUGAUGCCAUGAAAAUUUCUCCAACAACAACAGAAGAACAAUCUUUCCCAUCAUGGAAUCAACCUCCUAUUCCACCAACAAAUAAUAGAUCUGCAUUUAACACUUCACCAACUGUUUAUGAACCUCCAAGACAAGUUUCACCUCCUUCAUUUGUUCCACCACAAUAUCAACAACCACCUCAACAACAACAACAAUUUGUACAACCUCCUCCUCAACAACAACAACCAACAUUUAAUCAACCUCCUCCUCAACCACCUCAACAACAACAAUUUGUACAACCUCCUGUUUUUACUCAACCACCUCAACAACCACUUCAACAACCAAAAUCUGUUUCAACAAUUCCAAAACCAGCAAGCUCAUCAUCUACUCCAAUUAGCUCAUCUCCUGUAACUCCAACAUAUUCCACCACUACUACUCAACCAGUUCUCAAUACUAAUGGACCAAAGAGAGAAGUCUCUCUCGAUGAUAUGAUGAAGGCACAAAAAUUAUGUAAAUUUGCAAUUAGUUCACUUCAAUUUGAAGAUGUAGAUACUGCCAGAAAGAAUUUGAUUGAAGCUCUCAAUUUGCUCAAUUAAUUUAUUAGUUGUUUAAUUACAAGAACAGACCAAACACCCAUUUCUGUCAAAGCUUAAUACUUUUUCUGCACACUUACUACAAGCCAAUAACAUUUUGGAACUUGGCUUACAAUCUAAAUGUUCGUGAAGUAUAUUAAAUCCCCUUAAACUAUU